UUGGGAUAUAACGACAAUACCUGGUAAUCGUGUGGCAUUGACAACUUCAGCCCAUGAGGUAUGGUUUCUGAGUGUCACUGGAAAUGGAGCCUUGCUGUUGGAAAAUAGAAUUAAAGUUAACCAAAGAUGUUAUGGAAUUGCAUCCUGUGGUGAUAACUUAAUUGUAUCUUACGAACAACCGGAUCCUGGAUUACAAAUUCUGGAUAUGAGGGGGAAUGUGAUUAAGGUGUUUGAGAAGGAUGAUGAUGAUAAGAAACUGUUCCAGUUCCCUGAUUACCUAGCAGUAAGCCCUGACCUCAGCACAAUAUACAUCAGUGACUUUAACAAUGACACGUUGACUCUCCUAACACAAGAAGGCCGUGUUCUUGAUGUAGUGAAGGAUAAUUACAACAUUUACGACCCACGUAAUGUGACAGUGGACUCUGCAGGUCGUGUGUACGUGUGUGGUCAGAGUUUCAACGCUGUGAGCCGGUUGUCACCCGAGACCGGCACUGUCACCGCGCUGCUUGGAGGACAGGAUGUGAGUUGGCCACGUUGUGUAGCUACGAGCGAUAGAACUGGAUGUUUGUAUGUAGGGAUGGGAGACAGCAAGUUGAUUGAAAUUUUUGAAAAUCCUAAAUAGAAUUGUGAAGUUGCAAGCGUAAACUAUUUGAUGAUGUGCGCUUAUAAUUAAAUACAACUAGUGCAGCUUAGACAGGUUUCUGAACUCCUAUAAGAAACAAUGCGUAUCACUAAUGAAUCAUUUACAUUAACAAGAAAUGCAGUAAAAUGAUGACGUUAACAACGUUGUCAAUAUUAACAAAGUUCUGAACAAUCGGCGAAAUAUUAAGUUUUAAGUUAUUUUCUUGUUGGGCUGAAACAUUUGCGGAUAAACGAUAGU